GUGAGGUCGUCACGAGCUCGCGAGCUCGCCCGCCCGCCAUGGAGACGCUGAGCGCCGCGGCGGACCAGCUGGUGUCGGAGUUCGUCGGUCUGAGCCGACAGAAGCCGGCUAACGGCAGCCGACAGGUGGCCGACCGUACGCUGCAGCUGCUGCGCCAGCUGGUGGCCGAGCCCAGCUGGCGCCAGACGAGCCAGCUGCUGGGCCAGCUGCGCGCCGCCGGCCGCCGCCUUUCGGCCGAAAUGCCCACCGAGCCGGCCGUCGGCACGCUCGUGUGCCGCCUGCUCAAGAUGGCGCGCGACGAGCACGAGGCCAAGCGGCGCGGCCAGCUCAGCCAGGAGGACUCGCUGCACCGGCGGCUGACGGCCGGCGGGCCGCUGGACGCCGCCGAGGACCUCAGUCAGGAAGUGGCUGGCCUGCGGGCCGACCUGCUGGCGGCGCUCGACGAGCUGCAGACGGAGCUGGACGCCAGCGCCGACAACAUCGCGCGCGAGGCGCUCGGCCACAUUCACGCCGAUGACGUGGUGCUGACGGCCGGCCACUCGCGCACUGUGCUCGAGUUUCUGCGCCGCGCCGCGCGCGAGCGCGCUUUCCACGUGAUCGUGGCCGAGGGCGCGCCGUUCUGCCGCGGCCACGAGGCGGCGCGCGCGCUCGCCGCCCUGCCGCGCGUGCAGGUGACGGUGAUCGCCGAGUCGGCCGUGUUCGCCAUGAUGGCGCGCGUCAACAAGGUGAUUCUGGGCGCGCAGACGGUGCUGGCCGACGGCGGACUGCGCGCCGCCUGUGGCACACACGCGCUGGCGCUGGCCGCGCGCUUUCACUCGGUGCCGGUGAUCGUGUGCGCGCCCUCCUAUAAGCUUUCGCCGCAGUUCCACCGCGGCGACCAGCAGGAAGGCUUCCAGUGUCAGGUGUCGCCGGAGCCGGUGCUGUCGUACGCGGAGGGCGCGGUGGUGGGCCGCGCCCGGCUGUCCUGCCCCGUCUACGACUACGUGCCACCCGAGCUGGUCACGUUGUUUGUCACGCACACGGGCGGCACCUCGCCCUGGUACAUCUACCGGCUUCUGAACGAGUACUACGAUCAGCAGGACCACGAGAUCGUGCAGGGGACGAGCGCAGCGCCCGCCGCCGCCGAUGGCCGGGAGGGCGGGCCACUACCGUCAGUGUGAGACUCUCGCGCCGCCCGGGGGCCGGCGGCUUGUGGCUCCGCCCACAGUUGCCGCCUGCGUUCAGCGCGGCGCGAUGUCCCGUUUGGUGUCGGGUUUUGUGGAGGUCUGGUGUGCAGUGUUGCGACGUUGUGGUGCUCGGCUUGUCCGUCGUCUUGAAUGGCGCGGAAAAUACAUAAUGGAAUUAAU